AUGAAUCGGACUUUCAUUGCCCGUCAUAAGAAGCUUUUUAUAGUGUCGUGCAUUUUGAAUCGCUUAUUAUUACUUAGAUCGAAACCACGAUCGCUUUUAUAAACACAGCAAGAUAUUUGUUUACUAAAAAGGGUCGUGAAGUUUGUUCGAUGGUUUCAACAGUGUGUCUUUGUACAGUGUGGUGCAUGAACUUUCACCCCUGUUCCUACAGUCGACAAGGAUCGUGUCUGACAGGACACACACACAUGGUUUAGUAUGAAUUGCGCUUUGGUGCUUUAGUUAUUUAUUCCCGAAAGAAUCUCUUUUGCACAGUAUUGUUUCACGGUAAGUUAGUUGUUUCAGCCACAUGGAAACUUUCAUCAGCUUCACGAACCAAAGUCAAGGAAGGGAUCGCAUUUUCAGGGCAACACAAUAUGCAUGUGCUUUGGCGAAAUACCUUCUGAGAAAUGAAGCGAAAAGAAAAGAGCUGGCGAAAAAGCUGCAGUUGCUGGAGUCUAAUAUGAGCUCGGGGCGAAAGCUAUUUAGGCUUGGUAACACUGUAAACUCAGUCCAAGCUGCCAAGAGCACUCUUCAUAUUUCUGACCCUGUCCUGCGCUUCUGCCUUACUGUGGCCAACCUCAACCGUGCCUUAUACUUCAUCUGUGACAACAUCCUCUGGGCAAGAAGCAUUGGCCUAAUCCGAGAUAUCGACAAGGAGCGCUGGAGCUUAAACUCCUCUCGCUUCUAUUUCCUGUCUUUGGUCAUGAAUCUGACCAGAGACGUCUAUGCGAUCAUCCAGCUAAUGGUCCAGAAGUCUCGGGACAGACGUUACCAGCAGAAAGCCGACCAACACCUUAAUGAAAGUCCGGAUGUGGCUUGUGUCAUUGUGCCUCAGCUCGACGCGUUUCUCUUUCUUCUCAUGGAGAGCCUCAGAAGUCAGCCGUCUGUGGCGCUUGAUACGCUUAAAAAUGUUUGUGACCUUUUCAUUCCACUUGACAAACUGGGUAUUUACCAGACAAAUGCAGGGGUGGUGGGCUUCUGUGGGCUUGUGUCCUCGCUUUUAGGCAUACUGACAGUCUUGAGGCCCACUCUUAAAAUAAAGCCAUGACGUAGGAAAUAGGAAAAUACCUUAAAGUAAAAUCCUGGAGAUCAUUUCCGAACAAACUUUGAGAUUAUUUUAGUGUUAAAUUAGACUACUAAUAAAGGACUAGAUUUCCCCUAAAAAGAAUAUAAUUACAUGAUUAUUUACUCACUCCCAGGAUAUACUUGACUUGCUUUACUUAUUUGUAAAGAAACUAUGAUUUUGGAGGAAAGAGUUAAAGGGAUAGUUCACCCCAAAUAUACUCUAUUUUAUCACCCUCAGAUGCCUCCAAACCUUCAUGUGUUUCCUUUUUCUGUUGAAUACAAAAGAAAAUGCUUUGAAGAACGUUUAAACAAUGUUUAAAAACUGGUAAACAUUGACUUUCAUAUUAUAGAAGUCAAUUGUUUGAUUUUUAGGAUUUUUCAGAAUAUCUUCUUUGGCGUUUAAUGGAAGAUUGAAAUACAAACAGGUUUGUGCAACGUUAAGGGGCACUAAAUUAUGAAAAAUGUCAUUUUGGGGUGAACUAACCCUUUAAUGAUGUUUCUCUACAUCUAAUGCAAGUGUACAAGCUCAUUGCUAAUUUUCUUUUCAUACAUACAGUAAUCCAUAUUUGCUCAGCUUCAAAUUGUCCAUGAGCGCAGUUAAACAAAAAGGAAAUCAUCUUAUCUCAAGUCAUAUUCAGUACUUAUGUAAUUUGAGUGGUUGCAGACUAAACUGCCAGCAUGUGUAUUUAUUAAGUAUAUCAUUUAUUUAUUUAUUUGUAUUUAUUGAAAUGACUGAUUGUUUCAUUGAUGGUCAAAUGUGUUUAUGUAAAUUACUUUUAGAGCUGCCUUAAUAUGGAUUUUGGACUGUCAAAAAUGUCAGAACUGAAC